AUGGCUCGCCGAUCUUCACUUUCCGAGGAUGACAGCGAUGGCUUCCGAAAGAAUGCUUUGACAACAGAGGCCCUCAAAAUGUUCCACUCUACAAAUAUCAGUGAUGCUUACAGCGACACGACAUCAGUGUGGAGCUCGGAAGAUGGCUUACAAAGUACCUUGUACUAUCCGGUAACCAAUUUCAAGAAUAUUGAUAUCGACGACGACAGCGUCGACGGCUCUUGUCCUUCCCGACAUGAAGUCUCCAUUGAAGAUGAUAACGAAUCGUUGCUAUCAGAUACCACAUCGAGUCUUCUAAGAUUCAUGGAUGAAAUGGACAAUGAUAGCAUAACAGAUGUGUCCAGCAUCGCAAGCAAUGAUGAAUACGAUGACGACACGUUCACAUCGGUCAGUGAUUUGUCAGACUUUACUGAUGAUCUCUUCGAUGACGAUAACAGUGACGUCAUGCUUGAAACGUCUCAGUCAAAAGUAAUAGACAAUACUUUAUCCGCUGCAACUACCUUUCUCAAUGAAAUAAUUGCAGAGGUAGCUUUCAAACUUAACUCGCACUGUUGA